AUGAACUCUCUUGCCGGAAAGGUCACCACUGGGCAGAAGACUCUUCGCUCCGCGUGCGAUUUAUGUCACCAAGGAAAGGUCAAAUGCGGCGGAGGAACCCCGUGUGAAGGAUGUGACAAGCUCGGAGUCAGGUGUAUAUACAGCACUUCCAAUCGCACAGGGCGUCCGAAGGGGGUAAAAAACAAGAAAACACUCGAGCGGAUCAAACAACUUCGUGCGGCAAACUUUGAAGAUAAUGAAGACGAGAAUAGCCAAUGUGUACGUGUGCUUGAAGAAAGUCUGUCCAACGCUCCGGUGAGCAUUUUCACUAAUCUUUGCCGGAAGAUCACGUCGGUCCAAAACAAUCGUCGGCCCUCGGCAGCAAAGAGCGGAGAUGAAGCAGGCGAAAGUUCACCUGCGAAACCGUUCAGUCAAUCUUCAAACCUGACAGAUCAAGACGAUACCCCAAGUCAUCUUUGGAGCUUUCUUUCGAUGCGCGAUGCCGGCCAAUCAGAAUCAGAUUUCACGCCCUUUGAUUCUAGCAUAAGCGACCCAACAGCCUCUCCUACCUCUCUUCCAUCAAAUUAUCUUGAUAUGUCCAACUAUACCCCCCCUGACAUAUCUUGGAUUGACUCUCUUCUUGCCGCCCCGGAUGCCACACCCCAGUACUCCGACCUUAGUGAUAUACAAAAGAGUGCAAAAUUAGCAGACCCCAUUAAUUCGGGAUGCGUUCCCGAGCAAGUUUCGGUCAACUAUUCCACGCCAGGAAGCCUCCCGCCUUUUGCGUGUAACUGUGUCAAGAAGUUAGCAGAUCAGCUCUCCAAGUUCAAAACACUCAGUCAUUCAAGGCAUCUCCUUCAGCCAGAUUUUGUGCUUACAAUAGCUAGAGAUGCUCUUGUUGAUUGGCAAAUGCAUCUCUCGUGUCAGAGCUGUCACAUAAGCUAUGACAAGGAUGUUUUGGUGCUGUCCGUAAUGACUCUUCGUGCAUUACUCAACUUAAUCAAAACUGCCGGACAGCAGUCGGCUCCCAGUGAUGCCGAACUGAGACCUCCAAUCCAAGAUCCCUCAUCCCCAGAUUUCAACCCCGACUAUACCUUUUUAGGGACAUAUCGACUGGCUCGCGAGGAGAAACGUCUCGUUGUUGAUCUACUUCUACAAAGAACCCUCAAAAGCCUCAACCAUAUGACCGAACAACUGAGACUAAAAAGCUUGCGAAUCGCAGGGACUGUCUCGAAAAAGGGUAGCAUGUCCAGUCAUUCGUCCCGGUCUCAAAGCUCUAUAUCAACUCCAAGCGCCAGUACAAGUAUAUUUCCCGAUCUAGAAGAUCGUAUCAUUGUUAAUGAGCAGACCCAAAGUUUCAAUAUCACAGCCGAUACUAUGAUGCUAGACGAGGACGACAAUUAUUUGCAGGAGUCUUUACAGAACUCGAUGAUGACAAUUGAGGCACUCAUGGCGAAAACACAUAUUCCCCAUUUGAAUUAUGAUUUAAAGGAUUCUGAACUGAUCACAUCACGAAAGUAG